GAUAUUUAAUAUAUUAUUUUUUUAAAUAUCAAAAAAUAUAUAUAUUAAAAUGUCGAGAGAGUCCAGUAGAAGGUCCGUGGAUAUGGGCGUCGUGAACCGAAGUUUGAGGAAAGGCAACGCUAAAGCCACCUCCGACGGUUCGACCUCACGCGGUUCUCGAGGAAGACACUCCGUCUCUUCCUUUCCUACUAUCCCCAAUCAAAUCAUGGGCGACGAUUUGACAGAUAAAGAAUUCGACCAGUACAUUUCUGGUAGAGGCGACGCGAAUCUCCCCACUCUUGAUAGUUUAUUCGAGGAUAUUGAUGAAAUAGGACUGGACAAUCUGGACGGGGACGGGGAGCCUACACCGCAUAGCACCGACGUCGACGAGGAGGCAGGUGAGCCCGAGACCUCUCAAGGUCUGGACAAAGGACUUCGAGAGCUAAAAAUCCGUCUAUCUUCUCCAUUAGAAAAGCGCGUCCGGUCUAGAAAAGGGCGCAUGUCCGAUAGGCGAUCGUCAAUCUUCAUCUCCGUCUAGCUUCUCCGUCUCUUCGCUGUAUUCCCAUCUACCACUACCAGAUAGAUUUGCAGCGGCUCUCGCCGCCUUCAUAUUUGUCUUCUCCGUCUAGCUUCUCGGCCUUCAUACUUCGAUUUCCCUGUAUCGCGGCCGAUUUGGAGCGGCUUUCGGUUUCUGCCACCAUCUCUUCUACUUCGGGUGAGAUUAGCUAAGGGAGAUGACUAUCAGGCAUUCAGAGAAGCUUCAAAGCACCAUUGGGAAUCUUUGAAGCUCUGCUAUCAGAAGGCUGCCUCAGCUCCUACAAUGGCUAACAUCAAUAUGCUACUUAUAUUAUCUCUUUGAGCAGGUAUGUCAUAUGACAUUGAGAACAGAUGUUGCAAGUUUUUGUGCAGUUUCUUUAAAUUUAAUGUUGUAUUACAUUGAGAUUGGAUGUUUCGAGAUCAGUUGCUACAGGUAUAGGUCCCAGAUAUACUUCAUAUAAAGAGUGAUUUUUCAGCUUUUCAAUGUUUGAGGCCAAGUCUGAUCAGUUUGGCAAAGCAAAAUGCACCCAGAUUUUAGAGUUUAUAUGCUCAAGUUGGACUCUUCUACAACAUCUCUAUGAUUUGGUGCCCUAGUGUCUUAGGCUAAUGUAUGCUAUUCUUUUGCUUGAAGAGUGCCAAUCAACUAGGACAAGCAGCUUAUGUUCAUUACUCCGUAUUUAGGAUUGUUGCUUAUUUACUCUAGGUGUUGUAAUUUCUUUGCUUUUAAAUGCAUGUUGAGAGCUAUAUCUUUGCCUUGGGCAUUACUCAGCAUGCCAUUGUAUCCUCUUUUUCCUUUUUAGUGAAUAAAAUUUUCUUAUAAAU